AUCUCUACCACCGUCAUACCUUUGUACAAGACUUACUUUGGGAUGGUCUUCAUUACUUGAGCGAGCCAAUUAUAACCCGUUGGCCCUUCAAAGAGAUUAGAGAGAGAGCCAUGCAAAAAGCGAUUAAGUACAUGCGUUAUGGAGUAGAGAGCAGCAGAUUCAUUGCCAUAGGAUGUGUAGAAAAGGUAAUUAAGUCACCUAAACUAGAGAACUUGAUUGUAAAUCCUAUUGAAGUUGUUUCUGUUGCAGAGUUUGCACAUGAUGUGUUGCUGGGCAGAGGACCCAAAUGGUGAUGAGUUCAAGUACCAUCUAGCUAGAGUUCCGGAUUACUUGUGGCUGGCCGAAGAUGGAAUGAAAAUGCAAAGUUUUGGUAGUCAGCUAUGGGAUUGUGCUUUAGCAACUCAAGCAAUUAUUGCCAGCAAUAUGGUAGAUGAAUACGGCGAUUCGCUAAAGAAAGCACAUUUUUACAUCAAAGAAUCACAGGUCAAAGAAAAUCCAGCUGGGGAUUUCAAAAGUAUGUAUCGGCACUUUACUAAAGGAUCGUGGACUUUCUUGGAUCAAGACCAUGGUUGGGGGGUUUCGGAUUGCACAGCAGAAUCGUUUAAGUGUCUACUCUUGCUUUCUCAAAUGCCUUCUGAAAUUGCUGGAGAAAAAGCUGAUGUCGAGCGAUUGCACGAUGCUGUGAAUGGGUUGCUUUACUUACAGGUACUACAUAGAUCAUAUUAUUCAUUGCUAUUUAUAAACUUACUUCACAACUUGGUAAUUCAUAACUUAACUAACUGAAUUAUCUAACUUCUCUCUCCAC